AUGGACCUUCUCUCGAGCUUCCGGUCACGUUGUCAGGUACCAUGGCUGGCACUUGGGGACUUUAAUGAAAUAUGUUCUCCCUCGAAACUGUGGGGUGGAGGGUUUUGUGAAGCGCGAGCUUUGGAGAUGAUGGCAAUGAUGGACUCGUGUAGCUUCAUGGAUAUGGGAUUCACGGGCUCCAAAUAUACUUGGGAAAGACAUGUGGACGGGCAACGAGUACUGGUCAAACGUCUUGACCGAGCAUUAGGUGAUGUUGCUUGGAGAGUAUUGUACGCGGAGGCAUAUGUGGAACACUUGGCGAGGGUAUACUCAGAUCAUGCACCUCUCUUGGUUCGUUGCGAGGCCAGCCUGGGAGAAAGAAGGUCGCGACCCUUUAGGUUCCAGGCAGCAUGGGCCACACAUCCAUCCUUUGAGAACUUGGUAGGGCACGCUUGGGAGCCUCACGGUUUGUCACUCAAGGAUAAGCUUGUGAACACUCAGCAAGCCGCUCAGAAAUUCAAUAAAGAAGUCUUUGGCUGCAUUCAUAAGAGGAAAUGGAGGGUUGAGGGUCGCUGCAAGGAGUCCAGAGAGAGUUAG